AUGCCCGCAGCCACUUCGCCACCUGCCGGCAGCAGGCUGCUCCUGGCUGCCGCGCUGGCCUGUGCAGCGACCAUGCUGUCGCUGCUGCAGCCCUGGCAUCAGCAGCGAUGCUCGAUCGCCGCGGCGGGUGCAGCAGCAGCAGCAGGGCCCGGCGCGCCCCACCCUGCGCUGGCGGCAGAGGAGCCGCCGCCGCCGCCGCCGCGCUGCGAGCUCGCAGUUGAGCAGUCGCCCUGGGCCGCUCACUGCCAGCGGCUGCAGCAGGUCUGCCUGGAUUACUCCACGCUAAUUCACUAUGACCCGGCGUACCAGCAGCAGGGCGACAGGGUGGCGGGGCGCCUGCCCAAGCUGAAAGUGUCGCUCAAGAAGGCGUACAAGUAUCCCUGGUAUGCCGGCGGCGAGGGCGGCAGCAAUGUCACGACAGCAAGCAGCAGCAGCAGCCAGCAGCGGCAGCAGCCGCGCAGAAUGGCUUACGAACUCAAGGAGGCGCACGCGACCCGCCACCUGGCGGCGCCACGCCAGCGGCCCGCCUCUGCGCUGGAGCCCACCCCCUACCUGCAGAGCCCCGCCUUCUCCACCUGCACUGUGCCGGUGCUGCUGGGGGUCACCUGGGGCUCCAACUUGUGGCACACCAUGGCCAACGCGGCGGUGUGGCACGCCAUGGCGCGGCGCACGCCCUGGCGCCGCCACCUCAAGCCCGUCGUCAUGACGCCCGAGGGCUUGGCACUGACCGAUGUGGAGGCGCAGCUGCUGCCGCCGCUCAGCCCCCUGUCGCUGCAGACGCUGGCCGACUUCAGCAACCGGCUGCCGCCAGGGCACAUGCCGGGAGCGGCGGCCACGGCAGACAGCAGCGAGGCGGGGGCGCCGCCGGCGAGCCACGAGGGCGGCGAGCAGCGCUGCUUCCAAGACCUGUUUGUGUGUGGGCGGGAGAUCAAAGUGGACCACUGGUCCUGGCAGGACGCACUGGGCGGGGAGGAGGCCAGGGCUGGAGCAGGGGCAGGCACAGCAGCAGGAGGAGGCAGCAGCGAAACCGAGCCAGCAGCGGCGGGCGGCGGCGAUGGAGGCGGCAGCACGCUGGUGCCUAGAGAGCUGUUUGGGUGGGGCCAGGCCGUGGCGCGGCAUGUGCUGGAGCAGCGGCGUGCGGCGCAGGCCGCCCAGCUGGCCAGGCGGCAGCGAGUGCAGAUGCCAGAGGCGCUGGUGGUGGGGCUGGAGCCGCGGCCUGCCGGCGGCGGCGAGGGCGGCAGCAGCGAUGCGGCGGCAGGCGGCACCCAGCGGCUCAGGGUGGUCUUCCUGCAGCGAGACGGCGAGGGGCGCCAGCUGCUGAAUGCGGAGGAGCUGCUUGAGCGGUGCAAUGCCUGGCGGUACGAGCCGGCCGGCAGCGGUACCACCUUCGCCGCCGAGUGCCGCCAGGCGCGGACGCCCACGGUCGCAGAGGGCGUCGCAGUGGCGCAGGAGGCUGACGUGUUGGUUGGUAUGCAUGGCGCCAACAUGGCCAACGCAUUCUUCAUGCGCCCCGGCAGCAGCGUGGUGGAGCUCAUGCCCUACCAGUAUGAGCAGCACCCCGGUGCCAACUCCCUCUCUGUCUUCAACGCCCAGGACCUCACCUCCCAGCUGCUGUGGUGGGUGGCGGUGGUGUGUGACGCCACCAUCUCGCAGCCGGGCCCCGCUGAGCGGGCGCGGGUGCAGCCGUCCAAGUUUUGGCCGCGGGAGCGCAGCACGCGGUUGCCGUGGGUGGGGCUGGAGGAGGUGCUCCGAGAGAUUGCGGUGGUGAACAGCGGCAGCGAGGACGCAGACGGCGGCAGCGCACUCAGUAGCAGCAGCAGUGCAGAAGGCAGCGGCAGCCCCAGCAGCAGCCGACGGCAGCGGUAUCUGCGGGACUACUAUGCGCAGCAGCGGCACCGCUUCCAUGUGGAUUCAGCGGGCGUCAUGGGGCACGGCCAGAGCUGCCCGGCCAGCGCUCGCGCGGAGACAUGA